AUCUCUAAUUAGUUUUCCGUCAUGUGUAAGCACUGUGUGCACACACUGGCAACAAGCUAACAGCUGUUUUAUAAGACGAAGAUUAUACAAACGGUUGAUACUUUAAUGUUGUGAAUCGAAUUGUAAAUUGUUAAUAACAAUUUAAAUUAAACGUUUUAAAUGCUACGCACCUUUGGCUCGUUGCGCGUGCACUGCCAGCAGCUGCUGAGGCACACAAACAAACAACAACUAUCGACGCGAACGUGCCGCAAACAGUCAACAUUUGGAGGCAACCGCAGUGAUCCAGAUGCACUGCGAAAAUUACGCUCUAAAUCAACACUAUACUACAUAACUGCUGGCGGUGUACUGAUUGUGGGCUUCAGCUAUGCGGCUGUGCCACUGUACAGUAUAUUUUGCCAGGCAUACAGUUAUGGUGGCACUACUUCGCAAGGCCACGAUGCCGAGAAGGUGGAGCACAUGGUGAAAGUGAACGACCGAGUGCUCAAGAUACGGUUCAAUGCCGACAUUGGCUCUUCCAUGCGCUGGAACUUUAAGCCGCAACAGUAUGAAAUAAAAGUUGCACCCGGCGAAACAGCACUCGCCUUCUACACAGCCAAAAAUCCGACAGACAAACCGGUGGUUGGCAUCAGCACCUACAAUGUGAUUCCAUUCGAGGCGGGUGCAUACUUUAAUAAAAUCCAAUGCUUUUGCUUUGAAGAGCAAAUGCUUAAUCCUCACGAGGAGGUGGAUAUGCCUGUGUUCUUCUACAUUGAUCCAGAAAUCACGCAAGAUCCGGCACUCGAGUAUUGUGACACCAUUACACUAUCCUACACGUUCUUCGAGGCAAAAGAAGGCUUACAACUUAACUUUCCCAGUUAUGCUAAGCCUCAUGCAGCUAACGCAUAGAGUAUGCUUUGUACAGACUUCGUUAAAUAAAUCGUUGUUUAAUUUUUAAA